UCGAAAGCAAAAUGGUUGAGGUUUCUGUAAAAUUUCCUCAUUUCUGAGAUGUUUUGCCGAUUUAUUAUGAUCUGAAAACGAAAAUGUAGUUAAACCACACACAAAGAGAAACAUCCACAUUCAGAGAAUCCAGGGAACACAACGAUUUCAACGAAGAAACCAUCAAAGUAUUUUUGAUUGAGGACUUUCCUGAGAAGAUUUACUAAUUCGACCAUAAGCGGAGAGCGACACAACUUUACUGUUCGGCUGGCUGGAUUUUUUUGUCCAGUGCUUCUUCUGAAGAUGAGCAGAGCUGCUGAAGCUGCUGAGAAAGAGAAAGAGGGGAGGCCACAUGAUACACAGCUGUAUGUUCCUGUGCAACCAUGGCAGUGGCCCAUCAUAUAUGCCAUCGAAUACAACAUCAGCUUCCUUGGUUUUGAGAAACUCCAUCCGUUUGAUGCUGGAAAAUGGGGACGAGUGCACGAAUUCUUAAAAGAGGAGGGCAUGUUGUAUGACCAUACGACUGUUAAGCCAACGGAGGCAUCCCAGGCGGACCUGAUGGUGGUUCAUCCCAAAAGAUACAUAGACAGUCUUAAGCUGUCGAACAUAGUGGAGGGAAUACAGAGUAUACAGGAGUGGAGCAUCAAUGUGGCUGGUAUCACGGAGGUUCCCCCUGUUGCCCUGCUCCCAAACUUCGUAGUUCAGAGGAAAGUUCUGAGACCAUUCCGAUAUCAAACAGGUGGCACUAUACUGGCCGCCAAACUAGCAGUCGAGCGUGGCUGGGCCAUCAACAUCGGCGGGGGCUUCCAUCACUGUUCAGCCGACAAAGGCGGUGGGUUCUGUGCCUACGCAGACAUCACGCUUGCAAUCAAAUUCCAGAUGGAGAGGAACCCAGCGGUUAAGAAAGCCAUGAUUAUCGACCUUGAUGCACAUCAGGGGAAUGGGCACGAACGGGACUUCAUGGGGAAUGAUGAUGUGUACAUAUUAGAUGCCUAUAACAGAGGUAUCUAUCCACAUGAUGGAUACGCCAAAAGAGGUAUCAAAAGGAAAGUCGAGCUACCGUUCUAUUGUGAGGAUGAGCAAUAUCUCAAUCUUAUUCGAACCCAUGUUGAAGGUGCUUUAAAUGAAUUCACACCUGAUUUGGUUGUUUAUAAUGCUGGUACAGAUAUACUUGAUGGAGACCCGUUGGGAUGUCUUAGUAUUUCUCCCGUGGGUAUAAUCGAGAGAGAUCAAAUAGUAUUUGAACAUGUCCGUGCCCGCAAUAUUCCCAUCAUGAUGGUGACCAGUGGUGGCUACCAGCGGACGACAGCUCGAAUCAUUGCAGACUCCAUCCUGAACCUACGUGCCUUGGGCCUCAUACCAUGUGAGGAGGCAGUGAAUGCACCCCCACCACCAGAAUCUCAAUUACCGGUGCAAUCGCCUCCGACAACUGAGACAAGCGAUGGGAUGAAACGGAGUAGUAGUGAGGCGACGAGUCUGUGGGCAAAGUUUAAACGGGCUGGAGCGUGCAUAUCAUUUCCGAGGUCACAAACUGUUAACGCUAAACUAGCAGAUAAAGCCGCUGUUCAAGACAAGGAAGAGGAGGAUGUUAGUGCCAAAGUUGAUGUGAUAGGUGCUGCGUCUGUUGUGAAAAAGGGGGAAACGGUUGCAUCUGGGCAAGGUAUGAAAGGAAAGACAACCGAAUCUGGGGAGGAAAAAGUGGAGAUAGUCGCAUCUGGGGAUAAAAAAGGGGAAGAAGUUGCAUCAAAGGGUACAUCUGGGAUUGUGAAGGGGGAGACAAAUCCAGCUGGAGGUGGGAUGGAGGAGACGAUUGAAUCCGGGGAGCCAAAAGCUGACACUCUUGCAUCAAGGGAUGUCGAUGGGCGGACAGUUACACCUGGGAGUGCGGAGGGAACAGCUGUUUUUGAGGGAGCGGGGGAGGUGAUUGUGUCUGGGUGUGUAAAGGGGGAGAAGUUUACGUCUGGGGACAGGGAUGGAGAGAUUAUUGCAUCUGGAGGUAUGAAAGGACAGACAUUCAAUGGAGAAAAAGACGAAUUAUAGCCAGUUUAGACAAUGUUCUUGAAAGAUCAAGAGUCUUUCAUAGUUAACUAUAAUAGUCGUGGAAGCUCCCUUUACAGACACAUGAUACAUGUCAUAGGAUACCUCCCUGUUAUGACUGGUACGGUAGCAAUGUGUUUGUUUUAUCAUUGAUUUUGAACUCCAAACAAAUACCUAUUUAUUUGUUAAGUCAAAAAAUGUACCUAUUUGUUAUUGAAAUCAAAAAAUUUACCUAUGUAGUCAGAAAGUUUAGGACGGCCUAGUUGUGGGUCUCAAGGAUGUCUGUAAUAGAAAGGCGCAAAGAGGAAAUGAUGUUAUUUCCCCUUGGAGGUACAAAUAUUCAUCCUGCUGUGCUUUAAUUUGCAAAAUCUUAUGUCGGCAAUACAAAGAAUUCAUUUUGGCAGUACAUUUCUGUGCAACUUUACUUGAUGGUGAGUUUUGCCCAUUUCUACCUGGCCCGGCAGUUAACCUAGGUCACAAAGAAGACUGUCACACCCCUGCAAAAUGAUGGUCAUUAUUUCUGAUGUGUUUUCAUGUGUUGUUCCCUUGCCCUUCUUUCUGGUCCUCUCUCCAAUGUUUCAAGUAUGGUUAGCUAGCAUCAGCUUUCUCAUCAAAGGAUUAAAACAGUAUACAAACAAAUAUCACCAAUGGUAAAAGUACAAUUAAUAAUCCUGCUAUUCAUUGUACUUUAACCUUUUGCUGUAAGCCUGUACUUUUUUUUAUGUUAUUGCCUCAGACCUGAUGAAGACCCACUAGUGUCGAAAGCUUGUCUCAAAAAUACAAAUAAGUUGAUCGCAAAGAUGUCGUUACCCCUCAAGUUUUGUAUGAUAAAAAUGAUAAAUACAUGUAUGAUAAAAAUCUAGUUGAUUAUCAUCUAUCCCAUCAUCCAUGAUGGUACCUGCUGCCAGUUGUGUGUCAAGAUGGAUUGAGGCUGUGCUGGAGCAGUGUUGGUAACUAAGAGAAGUCCCUAUUUCUAUCAAACUAACUUUGUUUUGUACAGAUUAUCAUCAAGGAUUAUCUUGGAUUAUCAUCCCCCAAGUCAUGAAAAUCAAUUGAUUCCAGUAUCUACUGUCAAACAAGCUUAGGCAAUGGUGGCGCUGUCUCGCGGCGGACAGUGGAACUGAAAUCAUCGCCCAAAAUCUUCAGUUCCACAUUUUACCGCGAGAGAGCACCACUAUCGCCUAAGCCAAUUUCCAAUGGUAUUUUCCUUACGUCCAGCCUUUUUUAAGGCCUUUCGACACAAGUUGGGGGAUGGUUUUUUUGGUGGUUCAGACCUCCGGGUGGCGAUGUUGGACUGGAUGGUUGGUGUUACCCCUCAAGUUUUGUAUGAUAAAAAUGAUAAUUACAUG